UGAAAAAUGACUCAAUUGUCGCGCUCAUCUAACACAAAUAAUUUUUCAAUUGUUAAAUCCAACAUCUUGAUAUUUUGAUGAUAAUAAUGGAUUCAAACGAUAUCUGGGCCAAUUGUAGUGAUGAAGAAACUUAUUAUGAAUCGAAUGUUCAUUAUCGAUUACAUCCAUCCAAUCGAAAUGUACGAUUAUGGGAACCAUCAGGCGUGGAUAUUGUAACCCUAUAUGAACAAAUCAAAACGAACGGUUAUGUUGAAUUAGAAUGGAAAUGUCCAGGACGGAUAUCACCAUCGCAAUUAACCGAUGAUCAACAAAUGAAUGAAUCGAAUGAUGGAAAACAAAACAAUGAACAAGAAUCUAAUGACCAUGAACAAGUGGAAAAAACUGAAUUCGAUUUUGAUAAUGCAUUCGAUGAAGAUUCAACAUUAUCGCCCAAUAAAUCAACAAACCGUUUGUUGGGAAAACAUUCCCGUUCUCAAUCGAUGAUUACGAAAACCAAAACUACAACAAAUCUAACAAAAGUUAUGCAAAAUAUUAAAAAAUAUCAACUCAACGAUUCAUCUGAUCAAUCAUCUGCCUGAAAUAUUUAUUCCAAUCAAUAAUGGCAAAAUAAAAACCAAAAUCGCUUUCAAGAUGAAUGAAAAAGAAAAUUGACAAAAAACGGAAAUGGAUGUUUAGUAUCCUAAGAAUGA